AUGUUUCGUGCUUACGCCCACACUUCCAGCCAAUUUCUACCUCUGAAUGGUGGGGAAGGCCAAGUCGUUCUGGCCUUCGUCAUAGACAUGGACGGAAGUGGAAAGUUCCAGCCCAAUUUCAAUGUCAAGGGCACUGAAAUCAGCAGUUUCAAAAGCAACAAUGGGAAUAAAUUCAAGUUUUUCUUGAGCAUGGGAGGUUAUAGCUUCAAUCUCAGACCCGAUAACGUCCCCACAGCCGUCACCACCCUCACAAGCCUCAUCCAAAACCUCCAUAUUGACGGCAUCGACGUUUACUACAAACAGAUCGAUAACUCUGAUGCUGAUAACUUUGUGGCUGUUAUGUCGAGUGUGCUUAAGGGGCUGAAGGGAAAAAUACCCACCCUUGAGGUCUCCCUCACUGUACCUCCUCCUUUAAAUCGGGAUUACUAUGUGCCACUGUGGAACAGCGUCAAAGAUCUUAUUGAUUAUGUCAUUUACCAGACCCACUCUACGGCAAGUCGUGUCAACGACGUAGGACAACUAGUGCAGAUAUUCCGACAACUAGAUUAUUCCGGCAAGCUCCUUGCUGGCCACAGCGUGUUGAACACCGACUGGAACACUGUCCCAUUGCUCGUCUUCCAUGGGGCCCAUCCUGUCCUCCUCGAAGGAAACCUCAUUUCUGGCAUAUCCGAGUGGGCUGCCAGCGGCGUCUGA